AUGUUCCGUCAGAUCGGCCGUCACCUCGCCCGACGGGCUGCCUCUGCGAAAGUCACUCAGCCGGCACCUGCCUUCUCCGGUCAGGCCGUCGUCAAUGGCGCGUUCCAAGAAAUUAGCCUUGAGCAGUACACUUCCGAGGGCAAGUGGGUUCUAUUCUUCUUCUACCCUUUGGAUUUCACCUUUGUCUGUCCAACCGAAUUGAUCGCUUUCUCCGACAUGGUCUCCGAGUUUGCCGCCAACAACUGCCAAGUGAUUGCUUGCUCCGUUGACUCGCAUUUCUCUCAUCUUGCCUGGAACAAUAUGCCCCGUAAUCAGGGUGGCCUUGGAGGCGUUGAGUACCCCAUUCUCGCCGACUUUUCGAAGCAGAUCGCUGAAGAUUACGGUGUCCUUAUCGACGCUGCCGGUGGAAUCGCCACUCGAGGUCUCUUCUUGAUUGACCCCAACGGUAUCCUCCGACACUCUACUGUCAAUGACCUCCCUGUUGGCCGAUCUCCCGAAGAGGCCCUCCGAGUACUCCAGGCUUUCCAAUUCGUCGAAGAGCACGGUGAAGUUUGCCCUGCUAACUGGAAACCUGGCAAGAAGACUAUCAACCCUGCCAAGGCCCAAGAUUACUUCAGCACUGUCGAGUAA